AUGGACCGCCAUGUCCGCAUGCGACAAGUUUACGAAACCAUCGAUCGACAGGGUUAUCAAUGGAUUGUGGUGUUUGUAGCCGGAGUGGGCUUCUUCCUCGAUGGAUAUACACUAUUUGCCAGCAACAUGGCCUUCCCGAUGCUAUCCUACGUCUACUGGCAAAAUGAAACGUCUUCCAUGAAACUCACCAAUAUCAACAUUGCCACAUUGGCCGGUACCAUGCUGGGGCAAGUAUUAUUUGGGUAUCUGGCAGAUAAGUAUGGGCGGAAGAAGAUGUACGGUCUGGAGCUGAUGCUCCUGAUCACCUCGACCCUCGGUGUAGUCAUGUCUUCAAAUGGCGUGAACCAUAGUAUGAAUGUGUAUGCGUGGUUGAUAUGGUGGAGAAUCGUGGUCGGCAUCGGCGUUGGGGCCGAUUACCCACUGAGUGCUGUCAUCACGUCUGAGUUUGCGCCCACAAAGCAUCGAGCACGAAUGAUGGCAUCGGUCUUUUUCAUGCAGCCGCUCGGUCAGAUCACUGGAAAUAUUGUGUCGCUGAUCGUAUGCGCGGCCAGCAGAAGUCGAGGAAAUGAAGACCUGACCCGCACGGUGGAUAUCAUGUGGAGGUGGGUCAUUGGGAUCGGGGUGGUUCCUGGGGUAAUCGCAACGGUCUUCCGGUUCAUUAUCCCAGAAAGUCCCCGGUUCCUGCUGGAGGUCGAAGACGACCCCGUGCAGGCAGAAUUCGACGCAACCACCCUCUUUCACGAGCCGAACAACUCUCCCUCUGUGGAAACGGAUAGUUGGCACAACCUGCCCCUCCCAGCGAUCUCCAUGACGAGUCAAUGCUUCUCUGAUCGAUCACCCUCGCAGGCAGAAAUUCUCCAGCCCGCCACUCUCAACUCCCACUGGCAUUUGACGAGGAAGGAUAUCACACAAUAUUUCUGGACUGAGGGAAACUGGCGCACUCUCGCUGCUACCUCCCUGUCCUGGCUUUUGCUCGACUUUGGCUUCUACGGAAUUGGCCUCUCGAGCCCACAGUUUCUGGCCAAGACAUGGGGUUCCCUCAAGCUCCAUGGUGCAGCGCCUGUCUGGCAGACGGAUGAUUCACCGAACGCCGAUGUCUUCAAGAUGUUUCUAGAUAGCUCGACGCAUGCCCUUGUUAUCUUGAACAGUGGUAGUUUCCUUGGGGGCCUACUCUUGAUUCUCGUCAUCCACCGUCUUGAUCGCGUCGCACUCCAAAAAUACGGGUUUCUGGCGCUGGCCGCCCUCUUCAUCGCCCUGGGUACUAUGUUCCUGACCGUCCACAAAGAAGGUGCUGUAGCCGUGGCCUUAUACAUCGUCGGUCAGGCUUUCUUCAACUUCGGCCCCAACGCAACCACCUAUAUAAUUCCCGCCGAGAUCUUCCCCACUCGGUACCGCGCUACCUGCCACGGAAUUAGCGCCGGCGCUGGCAAACUCGGCUCAAUUCUUGUUCAAAUAUUCUCCGCGCACUUCAACUUCGGUUCAGGUCUUGGCGACGAGCCCAUCAUCCGCCACGGCUGGGUUCUAAUCGUCUUCAGCGUGUGUAUGAUACUGGGUGCGGUGGUCACGCAUUUCUGGAUCCCGCCUGUGCAGCGACAAGACGGCAAAGGGAAGUUCUGGGGUGGGAAGACGGAGACCCUGGAAACGUUGGCGCUUGGGAGGAUGGGAUGGAAGAGCCGGUAUGCUGUGACACUGCGAGACAGAGAGAGGAUUAUGUCACCGACCUUUUCGCCGGGCGGGUUUGGGCUAUAG